UAAGGCUGUAUUUGUGACCAACUUGCGAGAAAGCAACGUGCUGCACGCGCGAUCCUUGGGAAGUUCUUGUAUUUGUAGGUCAUGAAGGUCAAGAGACAGAAGAACGUUCGUCAUGUCCUGAGUUUUUACAAGAACAAUUUCAGUUACAACGAGCCAUACCAGGUGCUGAUAGAUGGAACUUUCUGCAAGGCAGCUCUACAGUUUAAGGUUGACAUAAAGGAACAGCUUCCCAAGUACCUGGAGGGUAAUGUCCAACUGCUGACCACCUCUUGUGUCCUGGCCGAGCUGGAGGCCUUCGGACAACUGAUGUACGGAGCUUUCCUUGUUGCCAAGCGGUUCAAACCCAGGAAGUGUGGCCACAAGGGAGCACCAGUGCCAGCCGCUGACUGUCUGCUGAGUCUCGUAAAGCCCCACAAUGAACAGCACUACUUUGUUGCAACCCAGGACCCUCUGCUGACACAGAAACUGAAGAACAUCCCAGCAGUGCCACUGCUGUACCUAAACAAAGCCACACCAGUACUGGACAGACCCUCAGCUAGAUCAGUGGCUAAAGCUGAAGGAUUACAGGACACUAAGAUUGGUUUAUCGGAACAUGAAGCAUCUGUGUUGAAAGCUAUGAAAGAUGAACCAACAACAGUGCAGCAAAAGAAAAAGCGAAAAAGACCCAAAGCACCAAACCCUCUGUCGUGCAAACCCAAGAAACAGAAAACAUCAGACACUGGGGAUCAGAAAAGUGGACAGACUGCCGGGAAAAGGAAGAGGAAAAGAAAAAGAAAGGGAAAGAAACCAGCUACAAGUGUCAUGCCAACUGUAUAACCUUAUUUACUGUAAAUAUAGAAACUUUUGCUGUGGUUUUACUACCACAGCUUUCAUGGUGACCUCUCCAUUACCAAUGCCACUGCAAAUAUCAAGAUAUGCAUGUAUGCAUUCCUUGUAUAUCUACUGCAAUACCGAAUUGUUUCAAGUGUGAAUUUAAAACAUUGCAAUUUUUUUUCUCCUACCACAAAAUGUAACCACCACAGAAUCAAAUGGAGGGACUGUAGGGAUGCUUUACAUGGCAAUAUGUGUUUAAGGGUAAGGAUCUGCUAGAUAAGGUUGAUCUCAUUAAAAAGGAUGCAUUUCACUCAAGUGGAAUAAUAAUAGUGGCAAAUAAUUAUUACUUUAAUAACUGAUUGAUCAACUGGAAGAUUUUAAUUCAUAUACAAUUUCAGAAUGAAGUUGGACACAUAAUAUUAGUUUCUUGUCAAGCUUCAUUUUAAACCCCAUUUCUUUUCAAGAUCUCAUGCAGACAUACUCAACCUUACAUACCCAUAGCUGUAUGACAUGCCAAAACUAACAACAUGAAAUAUCAGUGGGUCACAUUUUUGUGGGAGUCUGGGCACACUGUCGAGUGAUAGAAAAUGGCUCCUUCAUUCUUGUUGUGGUCUGGACCUGUUCCACCAGUUUUCUCAGCAGUGAACACCUGGUGAUAUCCCACCAGAGGCACCGAUCCAAAGAUGUUACAUUUUGGCAUGAGUAUAUUGAAUUGGCACACUCUCAGCCAGAGUCUCACAGUACCGCAUACUCAAAGGACAUGUUGAAGUUGGCAUGGAGCAGUAAUUCUUAAACGUCAUGUCAGAAAGAGAUGUUAAUAUAAGGACAAGCCCGUGUUUUACACCAUCAGUUCGGAAGUAGGCUAGACGAAACCGUGACUCAUCUCCACCAACUGGGUCAAGGUCACUGACCUCCAGGGCAAGUUUGUGCCUACAGGGAGCUGUGGUGUUCAAAUUGUUGAUUCACUUCCAAACCACAUGUACUGUAGCCAAACACUGAUUCUCUUCCAAACCACAGCCAAAUGUAAGAGUAGAAGGUUUGAGAUACUCUAAUCCAAAAGCGUUUCUGAACUUUGUCUUACUUCAUCUUUGAAUUUUAUUAUGUUGCUUUUGGCUAUACAAAUAAAUGGUUAAAACUUC